UAAAACAUGCCUGGAUUUUUAGUGUGUUUUGAACUGUUUCUUGAUACGGUGAUGGCAGAAGAAAGAAAGUUCGUUAGUACGCCCACUUUUCGACUACUCACCGUCCUGUCCCCCCCCGAAAGUGGCGUAUUGCUUGCUCAGUAGUCUGGGAGACACACCAUAUCUAUACGAGUCCGGCUUGAUCUCCAGCAACCGCUCGGACCCGGCAACACAAAAACAUUGGCCGACCGGAAGAGAACAACAAUGAGUACCAGAACCCAUGAAAGCACCGAUGACGCCCGCAACGACGACGUCCCCGUGACAAGCAGACUUGCGGAGUUGGAAGUUCGCCGGAAGAUGCUCGUGUCGGCCAUGUCGAAAUUUCGCGACACUAGGAACUCGGAGCUUUUUCGGGUGCUCAGGAGCAACGAUUCCGAAGAUUCGCGUGGGCCGUCGUCCGGAAGCAAUAUCAGGGACGAUCCUGGUGGAAACGAUGUCGGAUCCGAUGGCUUUCCCUCGGAUGCAGCAUUUACGACAACAAGAAAUUUCAACGAAAAAUCCAAAGAAAAAGUUCACUUCGCUAAGAAGAAAACCCAAUUGUUGUCUUCGUUGUAUCGACGGCAAUCAUUAUCCAAAGCAGACCAUACCACGGCUGAAGAAGAAACGCAAUGUUUCCUCUCCGUAGUGGAAGGCGAUGGUGAAUGCGAUAAACGGAAAUCUAUUCCGUCUGCACGACCAGUGCUGAUGGCUUUGUCUUCUAGGACUGAUCAACGGCAAAAUUACCAAACAUGCGCUGCUGCUUCUAUCGAAAAAACUGAAAAGUAUUCAAAAUCGAAAACCCAAACAAUCGAUAACAUAGUUCCAGAUAUCCAAGAAAACAGAAAUAUGGGUCUCGUUCAAGUGGAGGAACGUCGACAUGAACCGGUCAAACAAAACUAUGAUUUCGAAAAUACUAUCCCAGUAGGAGAAAGCAGUGAAGGGGAUACUAGCAUUUCAGAAAGAAAAAUGAAUCUUUCACCACAGAACAUGGGUCUUGAUGAAAACGUAGGUCCAGAUCUAGGCAUAGUUUUGGACAAGGAUUUUGAUACAGCAUUAAACAAUCGUGACAGGAAAGAAUCUAGCGAAAUCAUUAAUUACAACAGUUUGGAUUUCGAGGCAUUGAUGCAGGACAGUAUAACUCAUGCAAGUUCAGACCAAACAGCAACCGAGGAAAGUAUCCAGCCUGAUUCGAUCUCUGAUGACGGAUGCGAAUCAAAUUUCGACAUUGAAUUGGAAAAGAAACUUGACUUGAUGAUUUUAGAAAAUCCAUUGUGGCGGAAGGCGAUGCAAGACACGUAUACGAAAGAAGAUAUAUCUGCCACACAAAAAGUAGGAGAGAGCAAAACUUCUACACCAACAGAUCUAAUAGAGGGUUCAGGUGGCUCAUCCAAGAUUUUUGACGAGAGCAACGUUGUUAAUGACAAGCAGAAGAAAGAAAUGAAAAAAGAGCCCUAUACGGCCGUCCAAUACCUACAAUCAAACCAAUGGUCGUGUGUCCGUCCCGAUGCUGGAGAUCUGGAGACACCACUAGCGUCGAAUGUCAGGAAACCUGAUCAGGAUGGAGUUGGUGUGACAAAAGGCUUCAGUAAAUAUCCUUCAAGAUCGCAACCUACAUCCUUGCCCACAUUACAUUCCAAAGAUGAUGGUAAUGGCAAUGCUACCAAUGUUGACGAGGAGUAUUCCGGAAAUAACUCUGCAAAUCCAUUAGAUCUGCCACGGUUCCCUGCGAUUUCAACUGAUUUUACCGUCGAUUCGAUUGCAUUAACGUCAACUGUACAGACAAAUGUGGAAAGUCUAGGCGACGAAAGUUUAGUGACAAGGAAUAUGAUCAAUGCCGGUACAGAUCCUCUUAGUAGAGAUAGCGAGGACACCGGCCGGGUCGUUGAUGAGAACAGCACUUUCAGUACAAAAGCCAUUCAAGGUUUUUGUGCGGAUGACAUCAAGAAGUUUUUCGCAAAACCAUCGAUUCUCUUUCAAUGCACAGGUCCCGUUGCGAUUCACAGUGUUUCUUCGCCCAGCCAUGGUAUCUUUGGUGACACGGGGUCGGAAACAGAGAAGAGGUAGCAAAUAUUUAAUCUAGAGGACACGGUAAAAUUCGGAACAAGAAUAAAAUACUCAUCUAUUC